CACUGUUCUGUUAGUUUCGGUCCCUUCGAGAAGAGUGCAAAAUGGCUACGGAGGCGGAGGCUGCAGCGUCGGUGGUGGGGAAGUCGGUGAUGGUGGUGGGGAUCGACGACAGCGAGCACAGCUUCUACGCGCUCCAAUGGACCCUGCUCCACUUCUUCUCCCCCGCUGCCGGUUCCAGUUCGCCGUUUAAGCUCGUCGUCGUGAGCGCCAAGCCCACGCCCACCUCCGUCAUCGGCCUCGCCGGUCCCGGAGCCGCUGACGUGCUACCGUUUGUGGAGUCGGAUCUGAGGAAGAUAUCGUUGCGGGUGAUCGAGAAAGCCAAGGAGAUCUGCACUUCCCAUUCGGUGGCUGACGUUGAGUUUGAAGUGGUCGAAGGAGAUGCUAGAAAUGUUCUCUGCGAGGCUGUGGAAAAACACCAUGCAGAAAUAUUGGUCGUGGGAAGCCAUGGAUAUGGAGCGAUUAAAAGGACUGUCUUGGGUAGCGUGAGUGAUUACUGUGCACACCAUGCACAUUGUACCGUGAUGAUAGUGAAAAAGCCUAAGCCAAAGCACUAACUUAUCUCAAUCGUUGCAGAGAUUGAACACAUGUUUGGCUGUCCCAUUUCACAUUGUAGCAAAAAAUUCUUAAGCUAUGGAUUGAAAGUAGAACUUCCAACUACAUGACUUGAUUUCUGUAAGUGUAAUAAGCACUAUUUGCAGGGUGCAGAUUGUUUUUCUGCCUGAACCAUCUGUGUCGGUUGUCUGGAUGAUCUAUUAAUUUUAGUUUAGUGUGCUUAAUGCAUUAUUUGCAAAUAAUGCUUGGAAUA